AUGGCUCUGGAGCUUGUAGACCUAGCCAGUGGACAGACGCUGGUGCUGUCUGGGGAAGUGUGCUCUGGAGGAGCUGCUUUCCUCUCUUUUCUUAGCCUUGCUGCUUCCAAGGAGGCUGAAGCUGCCCGCUCUGCACCCAAGCCCAUGUCACCCUCGGAUUUCCUGGAUAAGCUAAUGGGGAGAACCUCUGGAUAUGAUGCCAGGAUCAGGCCUAACUUCAAAGGUCCCCCGGUGAAUGUGAGCUGCAACAUUUUCAUCAACAGCUUUGGUUCCAUUGCUGAGACAACUAUGGACUAUAGGGUUAACAUCUUCCUGCGGCAGCAGUGGAAUGACCCCCGGCUGGCCUACAAUGAAUACCCAGAUGACUCUCUGGACCUGGACCCAUCCAUGUUGGAUUCCAUCUGGAAACCUGACCUGUUCUUCGCCAAUGAGAAGGGGGCCCACUUCCACGAGAUCACCACAGACAACAAACUGCUGAGGAUCUCCAGGAACGGAAAUGUGCUCUACAGCAUCAGAAUCACCCUAACACUGGCCUGCCCCAUGGACUUGAAGAAUUUCCCCAUGGACGUCCAGACGUGUAUCAUGCAACUGGAAAGCUUUGGCUAUACCAUGAAUGACCUGAUCUUCGAGUGGCAGGAGCAGGGAGCUGUGCAGGUGGCAGAUGGACUAACUCUACCCCAGUUUAUCUUGAAAGAGGAGAAAGAUUUGAGAUACUGCACAAAACAUUACAACACAGGUAAAUUCACCUGCAUUGAGGCCCGGUUCCACCUGGAGCGACAGAUGGGCUACUACCUGAUCCAGAUGUACAUUCCCAGCCUGCUCAUUGUCAUUCUCUCAUGGAUUUCCUUCUGGAUCAACAUGGAUGCCGCACCAGCCCGUGUGGGCCUGGGCAUCACCACUGUGCUCACCAUGACCACCCAGAGCUCUGGCUCCCGAGCAUCCCUGCCCAAGGUGUCCUAUGUGAAAGCCAUUGACAUUUGGAUGGCAGUGUGCCUCCUCUUCGUGUUCUCAGCCCUGCUUGAGUAUGCUGCUGUCAACUUUGUGUCUCGGCAGCACAAAGAGCUGCUCCGAUUCAGGAGGAAGCGAAGACAUCACAAGAGCCCCAUGCUGAAUCUAUUCCAGGAGGAUGAGGCUGGAGAAGGCCGCUUCAACUUCUCUGCCUAUGGGAUGGGCCCAGCCUGUCUGCAGGCCAAAGAUGGCAUCUCGGUUAAAGGAGCCAACAACAACAAUACCACCAACCCCCCUCCCGCACCAUCUAAGUCCCCAGAGGAGAUGCGAAAACUCUUCAUCCAGAGGGCCAAGAAGAUCGACAAAAUAUCCCGCAUUGGCUUCCCCAUGGCCUUCCUCAUCUUCAACAUGUUCUACUGGAUCAUCUACAAGAUUGUCCGCAGGGAGGAUGUUCACAACCAGUGACGGUCUGGGAUGGAGGGGUGGGGGGAGGCUGGGAGAGGGCAGAUUGGGAAUAGCACAGGAAUCCGAGAGCCUAAGGAAGAGAAAAGGAGAGGGAGGGGGCACACAUACAAACUCCUUUCUCUGCACUAUGUGCAAUAGCAAAAUGCAGUGAUGCAUGAAUCUUAGAA